CCCAACAACGUUUGCUUGGUGAGUGGUUUGGUGGUAGUAUAACUACACGUCUACUCCUACCGCUCUUACAAACCCUAAACAAAAUCCCAAAUACAGUAAUAAUAAUCUGUAACAAAGUUGAAUACAAUUGCUUGAGUAAGAAAAAAAAAACAAUUCAUGUCAUAAACAGAGUUGAGUAAUGGCAGAAAAAGAAAAUUUGCCCAAAGUGAAGUCAAUAUUUGUGUAUCCAAUAAAAUCCUGCAGGGGUAUCUCUCUUUCACAUGCACCUCUUGCUUCCACUGGGUUUAGAUGGGAUAGGCAAUGGCUUGUUGUGAAUUCCAAAGGCAGAGCUUGUACUCAAAGAGUGGAUCCUAAGUUAGCUUUGGUCGAAGUAGAGCUACCGAAUGAUGCAUUUUUAGUUGGUUGGAAGCCAAACAAGAGCUCUUACCUAGUCAUAAGAGCACCUGGGAUGGAUGAGCUAAAGGUCUCAUUGUGUAGACCACCUCAAACAUGUGAUGGCGUCUCAGUUUGGGAAUGGUCAGGAUCUGCUUUGGAUGAGGGUGAGGAUGCAUCCAAAUGGUUCACCAAUUAUCUUGGCAAGCCAAGUCGCCUAGUUCGUUUUAAUGAAGAGUCGGAGAUGAGGCCAGUGGACCCCACUUAUGCACCAGGAUUCAGAGUUUUGUUUUCCGAUGGAUAUCCAUUCCUUUUAGUGUCCCAGGAAUCUCUAGAUUCGUUGAAUGAGCUUCUCGAGGAACCUGUACCAAUAAACCGGUUUAGACCAAACAUACUGGUUGAGGGUUGUGAACCAUUUUCCGAGGACCUAUGGAAGGAGGUAAAAAUAGAAAAUUUAACAUUCCAUGGCGUCAAGCUUUGCGCUCGUUGUAAGAUACCUACAAUUAAUCAGGAAAAUGCAGUUUCAGCUUCUGAGCCAACUAAGACUCUAAUGAAGUUUCGGUCAGGAAAAAUGUUGCAUCCAAGCCGAAAGGGGCAAGGGCAGGUGUACUUUGGACAAAAUAUGAUAUGCCAUGAUUUACAUGUAGGAAAUGAAAAGAUAAUCAAACUCGGAGAUUCCUUGUGUGUUAUCAAAAUGUUCGCUUCGUAUGAUGAUACAUUAACCUAAACUCUAUGAGUUAUCGAUUACGAUACUAGUGGAGGAGAUUAAAGGUAUAAAACUUGUAGAUCUUCUGAUGCUAUCAAGAUGUUGUCAAUGUAUGAUGAUACACCAACAUAUUUGUGAGUUACUGUUAAGAAUUUCAUAUACUAAUCAAACUUGGAAGUCAUGUGUAUGUUAAUAAGAUGUUCUCAUUUUAUGAUGAUACAUCAACUUAUACU